GCGACGAGAUCGGCUGGAACGACGGCGGCGGUGCGCGGGACUCUGCGGACGCGCGCGCGACGGACGUCGUCGCGUCGGACUACGGAGAAGGCUACCGGUCGUCGGAGGAGAAGCCCGACGUUGUCGCCGGCGAGGAAGCGCAGCUCUCGACGACGCAGCAGCCGUCGUCGUCGCCGCAUCUCGACGCGGCUAGCGCGGCCGGAUGGGACGCGCGCGUGACUAACACGGUCGAGUCGGACUACGGAGAAGGCUACCGGUCGGAGGAGGAGAAGCCCGACGUCCGUCUGCUAGUAGAGGAAGUUAUGAGUCUGGGCGGCGGCGCCGACGCAUCUGGCGCGGCCGGAUGGGACGUGCACGCCACCUCCGAGGAUCUCUUCACUAUUGACACAGCGUGCCGGCAGGUCGUCUCCGAUCUCGUCUCCAUGGUGACCGCCGACGAGGAUGCCGGUUGCCGCGGCAACGACAUCGCGAAGUUCAGGUCGACGCGCGUCAUCGUGCAGGACAUGGCUGGCGUUCUCUACAGAAAGUCGAAGGACGUGACGUCGUGGAAGGUAGGUGGCGCCGGAAUCGCUUGCGCGCUCGCGCCGGUAGUCCGCGGAGGAGGCCGGGGAAAUUUCGCGAGGGCGCCUGUAACACAUUGCAAUUAA